UGACUUUGAGGGCGUUUAAGGAAAAUCUGUUUCGCAACCUAUGUAGGAGUAUAACAGGCGUUCUUACAUUUUAUUCUUUCAUUCUUUUCGUCUCAGCAGGAUUUUUAUAGCUGGAAUAGCGUUUGAAGUGAUAAAAUGGCAACUGUUGACCUGGCUAAAGUUGGAAAGAACUUACUGAAGAGCUCUGACACUGGAGAGGCAGUAGAGCUCCAGUCUCUGUGGCAGGACCAACCGGUGGUCGUUUUCUUCCUGCGCAGGUUUGGUUGUCAGGUGUGUCGAUGGAUGGCGUCAGAGAUCAGCAAACUGGAGCCUGACCUGAAAGCCAGUGGGGUCUUACUGGUGGGAGUUGGACCAGAAGAGUUUGGGUUGCAGGACUUUAAGGCUGGAGGGUUUUUUAAAGGACCCAUUUAUGUGGAUGAACAAAAGAAGUGUUACAAGGAUUUGGGUUUCAAACGGUACACAGCUUUAAGUUUGGUUCCAGCUGCUUUGGGGAAGAAAGUACGAGACAUAUCUUCAAAGGCAAGUGCUGCAGGAAUCCAGGGAAACUUUUCUGGAGAUCUGCUCCAAAGUGGAGGCAUGCUCAUUGUGGCAAAAGGUGGAGAAAAGGUGUUGCUACAUUUUAUCCAGGAUUCACCUGGAGACCUCGUUCCUCUGGAGGACAUCUCUAAAGCUCUUGGUAUCUCAGCCACUGUAAAGGAAGGACAGAGGCCAGUGUGCAAUGAUGAUGUUUGUACACGAUGAUGAAGCUGCCAGUUACGUCUGAACUGCUUGUUCCAGCAAGAUGAAAGAAUUUAAUUUCUACUCAGACCAUUAAAACAUGAAACCCCUGUGGAUUUAUUAAAAUAUCAGUUUUUAACAUCUUUUGCAAAUGUCAGCAUACAUGUAGCUUAGGUUUUUGUAUCUUAACUGCAAAAAUAAGCUGCAUUUCUGUCAUAUCUAUUAUUGUAUUUGUUUGUAAUUUUACAUUUAAUUCACAGUUAAUUUGUCAGUUGAUUUGUACCUCCUUAAAAUGGCUCAUAAAAACCAAAAAGAAAA